AUGUCUUCAGCAUACUACAACAGGGCUGGACAGCAACCUCCUUCUGACAGCAGCAGUCAUAGCAGUGGGAACAGAACUAUGCCGAACAGAAACUUCUAUAGGCGACAGCAGGGUUCAAGGACGAGUGGGAGGAUUGAGGAUCACAGGCGGCAAGAUGGUCGAUACAGGAACAUUGAGCCGGACACAAGGCAUCGGCAGGCACUCCUGGAUCCUCGCCACGACCCUCGACAUGCCAUGCACCAGCAGAGGCGACAUGCUUUCCAGCAGCGACAACAGCAGCAGCAACCAUACCAAGUGCAGCAGCAACACCGUGGCCUACCACAAUACACUGGUCCUCAGCUCAUCCGCCCAACACGAUUUCACACUCCUCACGUACAACUCCCUCUCCCUCCUUUGAUACCACAUCAACGUCGGGCAAGCAGCACUCCCAGCGUCAUUCAAUCAUGUGCACCUCCUGACCCCUUCUACAACGGCUACGAUCCUGUCCUUGACCACCGCACCUGGGCCCAACUUGACGCACUCGACAACUGGUACUGGCCAGAGACAUGGGCGGGUUCAAACCAGGACUUCAUCGACUACACCGAGCGAUUUAGGCGACCGAGAUCAGAUCCUCUUGCGGGCACUGGAUACAUGCUCGACAUCGAGAGGUAUGGUGGCCAGCAAGCAGGGGAGUUUGUGGUUGAGGAUCCAAAUGUUUGGCCUCAUGUUGUGUCGCCUGAUGUCGUGUCUAUUGAUGAGGCGGAGCUUGAGCAGCUGGGGGAUCUGCAACAGCUGAUUGACGUUGGCGAUAGUGAGCAGGUCGCCGAUUUGGGCGACGUGCAAGCGGGCGAGCAAACGUGGGUGGAGAAAGCGAUGGAUGCGGAGCGCGAUGAAACUGCUGAGGUCGAUGACAAUGUGACGGUUCAGCACCAAGAUUCCGAAGAAGGUCUGUUUGACUAA